AUGUCCAAAUGUGAAGACGUCCGAUUGGAUGGUGAAGUAGACAAGGCAGAGGUUAUUGAAGGAAUUUUAUCAAAGUUUAUGGGCGUGAAAAAUAUAUGUUUAUGCUCUACGGUUUCUGAUCCAUUCACGAGUAACUCAACAAUCUUCAAUGUUGAAACUCUGAGUAUUGAGAAGUGUGAGCCAGCACUAAUGAGAUCCCUUCUCCAUGAGUUUACAGGGUGUCAUUUUGUUUCAUUGAAAUCAUAUUUUGAUCUAACUGAGAUUGAGAGUUUUUUGACACGCUGGAUGUCAAAUGAAGCUUUUCAUAAUUUGGAGACAAUUGAGAUCUAUGCGAGGAUUGGGUUCUUCGGCUUCGAAAAAAUUCUUGACAAUAUUCGUACGCAGCCAUUCAAUCCUUCUAGAAGACCAGCAGUGUACAGUAACAGUUCUCGAAAAUGUAUUUAUUCUUUGACAGAUUCGAAUGAAGAUGUUGGGAGAGUACUGAGUAAAUGGAGAAGUGACGAAGAAAUAAAAGAAGAGGAAGGCGAAGACGUGCCGUGCGGUGUAAAAAUGAAUGAGAAGAAAGACGAAAAAGUGAGCACGACAAACAUGUAUGAUGACGAUGACGGGUACCCCUUAAUAGGGCUAUCACUCGUGGCAGUGAUAUCUUCUGGAGUCGUUUCUUCUUCUCCGAUUAUUUCCAAAGUUGUGGUGUCAUCUGAAUUCUUUUCUGUAUUUGGAAAAACUGUAGUCGUUGUUUCUGAAGUUGAAGUUGUUGGCGGUGUUGUUGAAGUCGAAGAGGAUGGUGGUGAUGGACGAUUUGCCUUGGAAUGUUUUACUUUCAAUAAUUCUAAUUCCAAUGGACACGGACAGAAUUUAAUAUCAGCUCCGCGGUCUCCUGGCGGUCCUUUUGGUCCUCUAUCACCUGGAUUUCCAGAUACUCCAUCCAAUCCAGAUGGUCCUGGUUGUCCCAUUGGACCAGGUGGACCAUAA